AUGUCUGUCACCGCCGUCUCUGGCAACCCGAACUACGACCAUCUGCGACGCAAGAACAGCAGCAAGUCCUUCUUGACACGCGGCGACAGCUACCGACGCAGCACUCGAGGUAGCGACGGCACUGUCAAUACGACUAGCAGCGCAAGGACAAACAUCACGGCGCCGCCCGAGUACAGCAAGAAGUUUGUGGUGGUGGGCGAUGGAGGCUGCGGCAAGACCUGCUUGUUGAUCAGCUACUCGCAGGGCUAUUUUCCAGAGAAAUACGUGCCGACCGUAUUCGAAAACUACAUUACGACUGUCGAGCACAAGCCUUCGGGGAAAGGCGUUGAACUUGCGCUUUGGGAUACCGCUGGACAGGAAGAAUACGACCGAUUGAGACCGCUCUCGUACCCAGAGACAGAUUUACUCUUCGUCUGCUUUGCGAUUGACUGUCCAAAUUCGCUCGAGAAUGUUCUCGAUAAGUGGUACCCUGAAGUCCUGCACUUCUGCCCGACAACGCCCAUAAUCCUCUGCGGUCUAAAGUCUGAUCUUCGGCACAAGCGGACUUGCAUCGAACUGCUCAAGACACAAGGUCUUACGCCUGUAACGAAGGAACAGGGCAAAGCGGUGGCGCAGAAGAUGGGCGCAUUAUAUAUGGAAUGUUCCUCCAAGGAGACCACUGGCGUUCAAGAAAUAUUCGAUACAGCCAUCGACAUCACUGUACGAGGUCAAGAUCGAAUGGCAGCAGAGGGCGACCGACUGGGGAGUAGAGGCAGCCAAUCGAUGCCUGUCAAGCGGAAGAAGCACAGUAAAUGCAGCAUCCUCUAAAUUCACUUCGCAUCUCGCGGUGCGUAGUGGAUUUGGAUUUGAAAUCUGCUUAUAUUGACAGCUCACUCCGCAGACUUGACAGGCGAGAAGCGGCUUGCGAAGCGUCCAGUAUACGAGAUGCCCAGGUACGCGCUCUCGCCUCGGAGUGCGCGACAGCUUCGAGACUCCCAGGCUCCGCUCCUACCACAAUCAACAGCAGUGCUCGCGCAGCCAACUCUGGUCAAGGCCGUCUCCAACACGCACGGGCUGCUACGCGAGAUGGGCCACCUCCUCUAGUACGGGUUUCGGCGUUGACUGAGAGCGAUGCAUACAGACCCCAGCAUUUUCAGCAUCUUUAUAUGUUGUCAGCCUGCUGUGGGUAACGGCGUACAUGACAUUUUCCUUUUCUUGGGCCAACGAAAUAAACUUCUUAGGACAGACAGCAAGAUACGCAGGAAGUAUCUCUAGAUCGCGAAGCUUUGGCAGAGUUAUGUGU